AUGUCAUCACCGUUUAGAAGGAAUUCUUAUAGUAAUGAGAGACCAACAGGUUCUUCUCAACCACCUUCAUCGAUCGGCGGUGGAUUUGGUAGUAGCAGCGCUUUAGAACAAGAUUCUCAACUCGAUGUUAGACCUCAGUUUCCUAGUUCUUCCCUACCUGUUGGUAAUGUUGGUUCUACGCAAGAUGAUUCAACACAGUUCAGUUCACAACGUCAAUAUAAUGCUGAGGCCUUACCUCAAGAUGAUUUACCAAUGCAAGGUAUGAGAAGGCGUAAUAUUAAUCAUAUUAAAAAGGUUGAUGAUGUUACUGGUGAAAAAGUACGUGAAGCUUUUGAACAAUUUUUAGAAAAUUAUACUAAUCCUACGGAAACAGGUGAGUUAGAUCGUGUUUACAGAACUCAAAUUGAAUUCAUGAAAGUUUACAAUUUGAGCACGAUUUAUAUUGAUUAUCAACAUUUAUCCCAAAGAGAGAAUGGUGCUUUAGCCAUGGCUAUUUCAGAGCAAUAUUACAGAUUUUUACCAUUUCUACAAAAAGGUUUAAAAAGAGUUAUUAGGAAAUACGCUCCUGAAUUACUUUUAACUAACGAUACAUUCACUAAUAAUGAAAAUAAGGAGAGAGAUUCCGGCAAUCCUGAUACGCAAAAUUCUACAGAUGCUAAUACUAUUGAUAAUGCUAGUUCAAGAAUGGCAACAGGUUCAGUUACCAGUGGUUCCCCAGAGCAAACUGAGCGUGUCUUCCAAAUUAGUUUCUUUAAUUUACCGGUUGUCCAUAGAAUUCGUGAUAUUAGAUCAGAUAAGAUUGGAUCAUUAUUAAGUAUAUCAGGUACAGUUACUAGAACUUCGGAAGUUCGUCCUGAAUUGUAUAAAGCAAGCUUUACAUGUGAUAUAUGUCGUGCAAUUGUCGAUAAUGUUGAACAGGCAUUUAAGUACACUGAGCCAACUUUUUGUCCAAACCCAUCUUGUGAAAACAGAUCUCUGUGGACUUUAAAUUUAGCCCGUUCCAAAUUCUUAGAUUGGCAAAAAGUAAGAGUUCAAGAAAAUUCUAAUGAAAUACCUACAGGUUCUAUGCCACGUACUUUGGAUAUCAUUCUAAGAGGUGAUUGUGUUGAAAGAGCAAAGCCUGGUGAUAGAUGUAGAUUUACAGGUACAGAAAUAGUUGUUCCAGAUGUUACUCAAUUGGGUUUGCCUGGUGUUAAAGCCAGCUCAUCUCUAGAUUCUAGAGGUAUUACAAGAAGCUCGGAAGGUUUAAAUAAUGGUGUCACUGGUAUUCGUUCCUUGGGUGUUCGUGACUUGACAUAUAAAAUCAGUUUCUUGGCAUGUCAUGUGGUGAGUGUAAGUUCAAACACAAACAAUCAAGAUUCUGAAGGUACGAAAGAAACAGAACAACAAUUAAUUUCCAAUUUGCAUUCGAAUAAUGUUUAUCAAGAUUUGGAAAAGGAUCAAGAAGUCUUUUUAAAUAGUUUGAAUUCUCACGAAAUUAAUGAAUUGAAAGAUAUGGUUAAGGAUGAGCAUAUUUACAGUAAAUUAGUUAAAUCUAUUUCUCCUGCAGUGUUUGGACACGAAUCAGUUAAAAAGGGUAUCUUACUGCAAAUGUUGGGUGGCGUUCAUAAAACUACAGUUGAAGGUAUAAAACUAAGAGGUGAUAUAAACAUCUGUAUUGUUGGUGACCCAUCUACUUCUAAGUCUCAAUUUUUGAAAUAUGUUACUGGGUUUGCUCCAAGAGCAGUUUAUACAUCAGGUAAAGCAUCAUCUGCAGCAGGUUUGACAGCUGCUGUUGUUAGAGAUGAAGAAGCCGGUGAUUAUACCAUAGAAGCUGGUGCAUUAAUGUUGGCAGACAAUGGUGUCUGUUGUAUUGAUGAAUUCGAUAAAAUGGAUAUUUCUGAUCAAGUUGCUAUUCACGAAGCAAUGGAACAGCAAACAAUAUCUAUUGCCAAAGCAGGUAUUCAUGCUACUUUAAAUGCAAGGACUUCGAUUUUAGCCGCUGCCAAUCCAAUAGGUGGUAGAUAUAAUAGAAAAUUAUCAUUAAGAGGUAAUCUAAAUAUGACUGCUCCUAUCAUGUCCAGAUUUGAUUUGUUUUUCGUGGUAUUAGAUGACUGUAAUGAACAUAUUGAUACAGAACUGGCAUCUCAUAUUGUUGACCUUCAUAUGAAGAGAGAUAUGGCAAUUGACCCACCAUACAGUGCAGAACAAUUACGUAGAUACAUCAAAUAUGCUCGUACUUUUAAACCAAUUUUAACAAAGGAAGCUCGUGAAUUCUUAGUCAAGAAGUAUAAAGAAUUGAGAAACGAUGAUGCACAAGGUUAUAGUAGAUCCAGUUAUAGAAUAACAGUUAGACAAUUGGAAAGUAUGAUAAGACUGUCGGAAGCCAUUGCAAGAGCCAAUUGUGUUGAUGAAAUUACUCCAGAUUUCGUUGCAGAAGCUUAUGAUUUAUUAAGACAAAGUAUUAUUCGUGUUGAUGUUGAUGACGUUGAAAUUGAUGAUGAGGAAGACAAUGAUGGAGAUGAUAAUAAUAACAAUCCAACAAAUGGUGAAAAUAAUGAAAAUAAUGAAAUGAGUUCCGGUGCGCCAGAAACAGCUCCAACAGGUCCUCAUGGCGGUAUUCCAGAAGCGUCUCAAACCGAAACUGCGCCAAAACACAAAGCUACUGUGACAUACGACAAGUAUGUCUCAAUGAUGAAUUUACUUGUUCGGAAAAUUGCUGAAGUUGAAAGAACAGAAGGGAAUGAGUUGACAGCAACUGACAUUGUUGAUUGGUAUUUGAUACAAAAACAAGAUGAAUUUUCAAGCGAAUCAGAAUAUUGGCAAGAAAGGAAACUUGCCUUUAAGGUAUUGAAGAGAUUAGUUAAGGAUCGUAUCCUAAUGGCGAUUCAUGGUACUCGUGAAAACCUUGAUUACGUUAUGGAGGGAGAUGAUGGAAAUGAACAGUUACGUACAUCUCCGGAUGAUAUAGUGUAUGUUAUUCACCCAAAUUGUGAAAUAUUAGAUUCAUUGGAUCAACAAGAAUCUGGAGGUAAUGCAGAUGAGAGAAUCCAAUAG